AUGGUUGUAUUGGAAGAUCAUAACAAGGCACACCUCUCCAAGGCAAGCACUCCCCUUCCUGAUCACAAUAAUCAAGCCCUGUUCUGUCUUAAGCUGCACUGCUUCCUACUCUGCACAGAGUGUAGCAAACUUGCAAGAAGCAGCUGCAGACAGAAAUCUUACUUUCUGUGUAAAGCCUGUGUAUCACAAGACAUCAUGGUUCUCUAUCACAAAGAGUUUGCAGAUGCUGGACAGAAAUCUGGACUUCAGAUCUGGAGAAUCGAGAAGAUGGACUUGGUACCUGUCCCAGAAAAUCUACAUGGGAACUUCUAUGUAGGAGAUGCAUACAUUCUGCUGCAUACCAUUGUGAAAAACAACAACAAGUUUUAUGAUCUGCACUUCUGGCUGGGAAAAGAGUGCUCGCAAGAUGAAAGCACCUCUGCCGCCAUAUUCACCGUGCAGUUGGAUGACUACCUUGGAGGAAAGCCAGUGCAGUAUAGAGAAAUCCAAGGAUACGAGUCUAGUGUUUUCGUUGGAUACUUUAAAGGUGGACUUAAGUACAAGGCUGGAGGUGUAGCAUCUGGGUUCCAACACGUGGUGACCAAUGACCUCAGUGCCCAGAGACUUCUGCACAUUAAAGGAAGAAGAGUGGUCCGAGCCACCGAAGUCCCUCUUAGCUGGUCCAGCUUCAACAGUGGAGAUUGUUUUAUCGUUGAUCUGGGAUCUGUGAUCUAUCAGUGGUGUGGUUCCUCAUGCAAUAAGUAUGAACGAUUUAAGGCCGCGCAGGUUUCUAAUGGUAUCCGUAACAAUGAGAGAAAAGGCAGAUCUCAGCUGAUAGUUGUGGAAGAGGGAAGUGAACCAAGUGAACUCACAAAGGUUUUAGGAAAUAAGCCAACGCUGCCCGAUGGAGAUGACAAUGAUGAUGUUGCAGAUGUUUCCAACAGGAAAAUGGCAAAACUAUAUAUGGUGUCGGAUGCCAGCGGCUCUAUGAAAGUGUCUGUAGUUGCCGAGGAAAAUCCCUUUUGCAGAGACAUGCUUCUUUCUGAGGAGUGUUUCAUUCUAGACCACUCUGCUGACAAAAAGAUCUUUGUGUGGAAAGGUAAGGAUGCCAAUGUCAACGAAAGGAAGGCUGCAAUGAAGACAGCUGAACAGUUCAUACAGCAAAUGAAUUACCCUCCUAACACCCAGAUUCAAGUGUUUCCAGAAGGAGGAGAAACACCAAUCUUUAAACAGUUUUUCAAGGACUGGAAAGAUAAGGAUCAAAGUGUAGGAUUGGGAAAGGUCUUUGCCACAGAAAGGAUUGCCAGCGUUAAGCAGAUUGAAUUUGAUGCUUCAAAAUUACAUGAAUCUCCACAAAUGGCAGCUCAGCACAACAUGGUGGAUGAUGGAUCAGGAGAAGUACAGAUAUGGCGCGUGGAAAGUAGCGGCAGAGUCCCGGUAGAUCCCAGUACUUAUGGACAAUUUUAUGGAGGCGACUGUUACAUUAUUCUUUAUACAUAUCCAAAGGGACAGAUCAUUUACACGUGGCAGGGAGCCCAAGCAACAAGAGAUGAGUUAACAACAUCUGCUUUCCUGACGGUGCAGCUGGACCGGUCUCUUGGGGGCUUAGCUGUUCAGGUCCGUGUUACCCAAGGGAAGGAACCUGGACACUUACUGAGUUUGUUCAAAGAUAAACCUCUUAUUAUAUACAAAGAUGGGACAUCCAGGAAGGGUGGGCAGGCGCCACCCAGUGCUGUACGUCUUUUCCAAGUCCGCAGAAACCUGUCAUUUAUCACCCGGAUAGUCGAGGUAGAGGCAGACUCCAACCUUCUUAAUUCCAAUGAUGUGUUUGUUCUGAAACUGAAAAAUAACUCUGGCUAUAAAUGGAUUGGAAAAGGUGCCAGUGGAGAAGAGGAAAAGGGAGCUGAUUAUUUAGCUAAGAUCUUAAAAUGCAAUGCCACAAAGGUAGCAGAAGGACAGGAACCAGAUGAAUUUUGGAGUUCGCUGGGAGGUAAAAAGCCAUACCAGACAUCACCCUUAAUGGAAUCCCAGCUGGCAAAUAACCCUCCAAGGUUAUAUGGAUGUUCAAAUAAGACUGGAAGAUUUGUGGUAGAAGAGGUUCCUGGCGAGUUUACACAAGAUGAUCUAGCAGAAGAUGAUGUCAUGCUGCUGGAUACAUGGGAACAGCUAUUUCUAUGGAUUGGAAAAGAUGCCAAUGAAGUUGAAAAGAAGGAAUCUUUGAAAACAGCCAAACAGUAUAUUGCGACUGACCCUUCUGGAAGAGAUAAAGGCAUUCCUAUAAUCACAGUGAAGCAAGGUCAUGAGCCCCCAACAUUCACUGGCUGGUUUUUGGCCUGGGACUCCGCAAAAUGGCAGAGCUAAGAGUACUAAAAGCACCUUGACAUACUUCAAGCCAACAUUUGCGUUAUUGUUUUUAUUUUAUUUGCUAAUAUAAUGUUUUGUGGUUUUGUUUUGUUUUGCCAAAAUGCUAGAAGCUUCAUGAUAACCCUUAAAUGGACUCUUUCACACAAACAGUUUACAUUGUAAAUGGAAGGCAUAGGAAACAAUCUAUACACCGCUGAAGCAGGCUGCAAAAAUCAGCAGCACUCCAUGAUAUAUUUGAUGAGGGAAAAAAAGGAUACAUUUGCUGGCUCUGUGGAGCAUUUGAGACACGACCUUUUGCCACUAUAUGCCUAGUAGAUCAUUUGCAUAUGCUGCCUUAUAGUGAUGUCACAUGCAGGGGUUAAUACAAACAAAUACAAAGACUCAUCUUCUUAUCUAUACAUUUGCCUGCAGUUCUGCUAGUAUAAUGUAUCCUUUUAAAUAUUGUACACUCACUAGAAGAACUGUUUAGUUGGCAGAGUCCCUUUAAGGAGCCAAAAAGAUACAGAUACAUAUGGUUGUACCUAGCAAAUUCCUGAUGAACAACUCCAAAAUCCUUGAAAUAUUAUGUGUUAGAUGCCACAUCAAUAAAUUCUGCAUAAUAACUCGCCAUGUCUCAUCAACAAAUUCUAAGUGGACAUAGAUUAGGAACCCUAAAAAAGUUCGUUUUCAUUAUGAUAAGUAUAAAAAAUUCAUCUGUGUUAAAAAUAUGUCUAAUGGAAGUAUGAUCACCAAUUACUCUUGUUAUAUUCAUCUUGCUGGAAAGAGUGUGAACCAUACUAACUUAACACUCAUAGGCAAAUGGCAUAUAUAGCACAUGAAAUGUUAAAAAGUCUGCUGGCACUUAAAGGGUUAUACAUGGUGCCUAAUGUGAAUGCACUUAAGAAUAGAAAAUUGCACUAUUAUGGUUGAAAGGGACCAAAACCAGAAUAUUUGAGCUACUUUUCUAUAACAUAACAAUUAAUUGCUUCAUUGUAUCAGUUUUAUUUCUUCCUUACUAUUAGACUGAUGAAUCAUGCACGGCCUCUGUGUAAAUGAAAACCAUUUCGUUAUUAGCACAGUAUGUAACAUUUAUGUCUUUCUAUGAAUUUGCUGUUAUUGCAGUAUAUUUGUUUUAUUAUUUUUUAAUACAUUCUAUUUUACUUUUGCAUUAAGCGUAUUGCAUGUUCUACAGUCUGAAAGCCUUAAUUGUAAUAAAUGAUUUCUUAUCUCUAAAUUAAAGAUCACUUUUCAGAAUCA